UCGAUCGGAAGACAUCAAAAUUCCAGAGCUAAAAGGAGACGUUGUAAUUGCACUAUUUGUUUGUCUGAAUUUGAAAUCGAUGAGGAAGCUAAGGAGAUGCCUUGUAGCCAUCAUUUUCAUUUGGCUUGUAUUGAUAAGUGGUUGGGAAUAAAUGGAUCGUGUCCGACUUGUAGGUAUAAGAUGCCAGUGAAGGGAAAGAGGGAGAGCAAAGAUGAAGAAAGCAGUAAUGAUGGUGAUAUCGAGAUAGAGGGAGAUAGAGUCAUGUUUGUUUUUCAUGUUAUCCUUAGAAGAUAUGAAAAUUUUGGGCCAUAUAUAACAGCGAUAUACGUAUCAGACUUGGAAGUGCAUAGACAUUCCAAUGCUGUGUUGAUAGGUGAUGGAGAUAGCGAUCACUUCGAAGCUAGAGAAGGCGAUCAAUCCGAUCAAUCUGAAGCUAGAGAUGGUGAAGAAUUCGAAGUUGGAGGCGAUAUAUCUGAAGCUCGAGAUAUGAUAACCGACAAUAAUUAAUUUGAUUAUUUUUCUUUUUUUGGAAUCUUCUAGUUUCUAGAAUUAAAAUAUAAAACUUUGGUUUGUACAAAAUGAUGUGCAAUUUUUAAGUAGUUUUGUUUUGAUGGCUUAAGAUGUUUUCUUUAAUCACAAAAUAGGGGCAAGAUCCUGAUCCCUAAUUGGGGAAAGAUCGUGAUCUCUAAUCAGGGCCAGAGCCUGAUCUUUAAUCAGGGCCAGAACCAGAGCCUGGUCUUUAAUAGAGGUUAGAGUCAGAACCUGAUCUCUAAUCAGGGUGAGAGAGCAUCAUACCUUUAUUGUUUUGAAAGAGUUAAUUUGGAUCUUUGUCAUUAUGAAAGAGUUUGAUACUACCUGAACCAACUCUCUAUUUAGCUAAGUUAUAUGUAACUUGAUCGGUUAGCCUUUUUGUAAUAGUGACUUAUCUUGAUGUGGCUAAUCUUUAUAUUUGCUUGCUUGAUCUAACAUCAAAAUAGUGGAUGUCAUGACAUUUUUGAGUUUACAUUUCUAUUAUCUCUUUUACGGUAAGCCGAUGUAUUAUCAAAAGGAGUCUAGUGAUCCCAAAAAGCUCCAUCAUUGUCUUGCAACGUAUUUCUGCACAAAUGCACGCUCUAAAGAUUCACGUUUAGUGUUAGUACAACAUUUACACUACACAUAAU